GGACACCACAUUUGUCCAAGAGCUGUUCAGCAGAAUCAUGUAGCCAACCAUCGUAGACGGCCUUCUCUUCUCUUCUUCCACCUCUGAAGAACGCAGUCUGUGUUUUUGGGAAGAUUAGAACCAUGCGGCUCCCUGGAUUUCUUUCUCUUUCCGAUGACACGUUCAGACCUUUAGUCAGUUCGUGUAAUUGAAUCUCAACUAUGAUUUGUAUUACGUCGGAUCCAUGUUCUUAAUCACAUAUUUCAGCCAUCUCUCUUCAGGGAAUGUUCGAUUUCGGCCAUAAAAGAGCCAUAUAGUGCUUAUUGCUCGUCAAAAGUGUCCGGUGAGAGCAGGCCCAGCUCAUUGUCAAAAUGGCGGACGCUGUGGUUAUUAUGAGCCUAGGCGUAGUCGGAAAAGCAGUGAAAAAACUAAUCCUAGCGUUGCUGGAUGUAAGAGAAUCCAAGCAGCACAGCAAGAUCAUUUGCAAGGAGAUCGACUUGUUUGUGGAAACGUUGAACGAGAACAUCAAGAUCCUGGAAGUGAACCUGCCCGCCAGCGUGAGCAGACGAGCAUUAGAGUCUCUAGUGACGAAGCUGGGAGACGCGACUGCGUUUGUGCAGUCCCGCCAACGUCAGGGCUUUUUCAAAACCCUUUGGAAUGCACACGAGACUAAGCAGGAGUUGGAGAUGCUACGUCGGAAUCUCGACUCUUCAUUUCAAAUGGCUCUUUUCAUCACCACUCUGGAUGUUGCUGUGGACGGGCAUAAUAAAAUUGAAGACUUUCAGAUGAAGAUGCUGGAAAUUCACUCAACUCAUGCAUCGAGUUUGGAAACUGCAAGGAGUGAGAUCCGAGAUAUACUCGUACUCCUUCUAGGAGUACCGAAAAAAGAAAAGUUGCAGUCAUUAAUCUCUGUAGUUCAAAAUAUGCUUCAAACUGUGGACACGGAGAAGUUCUUCGCCGAUGUUCUAGCCAACCUCGAUCCAGUUGUACCUAUGGAGGAUGAUGAGCAGUCUACUGUUAUAAAUGCAGAUGAUGACGAAGAUAUCAACGAUCCCAUCACUUGGGAGCUGAUGUGCGACCCAGUUAAAGGAACAGAUGGCCGCACUUACGAUCGCUGGACCAUCAUUAACAACUAUUUAACUAGGAGUCCCUUUGAUCAGAGCAAGCCUUUCCGAAUAGAGUGUGAUGACAUCAAUGUCCGUGGACGUCUAUUCAGAAAGUAUCCCAAGGCAGAAGAUAAGUUUCUUGAACGUCGUCACGAUUACAGGAAAAAGGCUAUGAAGCUAGCUAGAGGAGGCCACGAUGCCGAGGCUCUGGUGAUGUUAGAGAACGUUCUCAAGUGGGCCGAUGACGAUUCCGAGUGUUUAGAUCUCCGAGAUUUGAUCUUGAAAAGCAAAUCCCAGCAGGACUUUGCAACUGGAAUUAAUACUACAAGCUCGAGAGAUAUUCCACCUAGAAGCAACCCAGGACAAGAGGAGAAAUCAAGGGCCAUGAUAGCUAUACACGAGUUGAAGAGCAUCAUAUGCCUCUUGUCCAAAGAAACAGCCGAUAGUCCCUUGAGAGAAGCAGCAAGGAACUUUGCAAAUUUGGCCCGGGAUUCCGAGAACAAGGUUAAUAUGGCUAUGUAUCCCGGAGCACUGGAGAGUUUGGUAGGAUUGUUGACCUUGGACGUACCCGAGAGUGCUCUAUACGAGGUCAGCAGAGGAUUCGCGAACCUCUCCUCUGCCAGGGAGAAUCAGGAGAAGAUGGCAAAAGUUCCACAGUGCUUGGAGAGGCUAGUACAGUUGAUGCACAAGGAAGUACCGAGGAGUAUCCAACGCGAAGCUGCCAGAGCUUUCGCCAACUUGGCCUCGGCGAAAGAGAACAGGUUGAAGAUGGGAGCGGUUCCAGGGAUCUUGGAAACGUUGGUAGAUCUGUUUACUGAAGAUGUAGGGGAGAGGGUUCAGAGGUCAGCUACUCGAGCCUUUGCCAAUCUUGCGACUGCGGAGGAAAAUAUUCUGAAAUUGGCAGCAGUUCCAAAAGCUCUAGAAAAGGUCGUGGAUUUGCUGUGUAAAGAGGUGCCCGUCGCGGUUCAGUUUGAAGCUGCGAAAGCUGUUGCGAACAUAGCCCGUGCCGAAGAAUGUAGUGCUAAGCUCGCAGACUUUCCAGGAGUUCUGCUGGAGAGACUGGUUGGCCUGAUGUCUACGGAAGUCCACAAGGCCGUCCAAUUCGAGGCUACAAGAGCGUUCGCCAAUCUCUCUCACUUCAGGAGGAACGAACGGAAGCUGAUCACUUACCCUCAAGCAGUUGAUAGGGUCGUGAGUUUGUUAUCUUCGGACGUGGAGGAGAAUAUUCAGGCACAAGCCGCGAGAGCCUUUGCCAAUCUAGCUAUGGUCAGAGAAAACCUGGUCGAAAUGGCAGCACAGCCAGGAGUUCUGAAGAGGCUAGUCGAUUUGCUAGCCAGAGGAACAGCCGAGCAUGUGCAAAUUGAGGCUGCGAGAGCUAUAGCUUAUCUGUCUUAUGACGAUGAGAAUCAGAUCACAAUCGCAGCGUUUCCAGGAGCACUUAAAAGAUUGGUAGGCCUGUUGUCGAGAGACGUACCCUUGAGUGUGCUGGAACAAGCAGCUCUGGCUUUCGCCAACCUCGCUUGUGCACAGGCGAACAAAGGUGCCAUGGUCUCGUUUCCAGGGGCUCUGAAAAAGCUCGUGGGUCUGCUCGGUAAGGGGACACCUUCCAGUAUUCAAUUCCAGGCUGCAGCAGCCUUCGCCGACUUGGCAUGGGGGGCAGAGGAGACCAGAGUGCGAAUGGCAACUUUCCCUGGGGCUAUCGAAAGGCUCGUGGGUUUACUCUCCGAUGAUGUGGACGAGAACGUCCAGGCACAAGCAGCAAGAGCGCUGGCAAAGCUGAGAUUAUGAUUUGGAAUCACAAUUUAUUUAAAUCCUCCUCCUCGGAUUCUGGCUCGGCAGGCUGUUCUAGAGUGGAAGUUUGUAAAUAUGCGGCCGACAGGACGACGUUGUACACAGAGCUGAAAUUUCUUGCAAGCAUGGCUUGAACAUAGGCAGAGCCUCUUCCGUCUUCGAUCUUCGGUUCUAUCCUGAGAAAGAACUUCGGCAUCCUGAAUUCAUUCAUUGUGUACGCGUGCGUAGACAAAUGACUCUUCACCUGAUUGGCUUGGCUGGAAUGGGCAAUGUACAGGAUUUUUUUUUGACAUCUGCUGAUACUUCACAUAUAAGCUGCCGUUGUGGAUUUUACUUGCCACACGUGGAAGAUACUCCGAAAGACUGCGCUUCGAUUUGGUUUUAGUGCUUCGGACUUCGAGUAAGCCUGCAGUGUGACUAAUGACCGGUGCAAAAUGGUGCAACCAUUUUGCACAUUUUGCACCAUGGUCACUAGUCAGUGGUCUUUCCCCAAAAUCUUAUGAAAAACAACACUUCAACACAUGUAUGUCCUAGAAUUUUCCCCUGGCGAGGGAAAUCUCAGACCUUAGAGGUUAGUUAGUUGGCAGAAACAAGGCAAUUUGGGUGAUGCCUUUGCAAAUAGUAGAUGCCAUCUUGGCAAUCUGGGGAAAUCUAAAACGAUUUUCAUGACUGUUGAAUGAUUCAACUGUUUGACAAAUUCGACUCAACAGUCAUUAUACUUUUAAGUUACAUCCG